GCCGGUUAAAUUUUUUUCCGUCAUUCAACAAAUAGAAGAAGUCCUCUCUCUUCUCUCUCUCACUCCAUUUUCUCUCGCAUUUCAAAUUCCAUUUCCUUAAAGCUCGGCGAUCCUCGAGUCCACGGCGUUUCUCUACUCAGAGUCUGCUACGUUUCGCCGCUCUUCACGCAUAUGGCAAGCAAUACCUUGAAAGAUUUGAAUACUCUUCCUGCAACUGACAAGAUGAACGAAUGUAAACCAAGCUUAGCCAAGCCUUGUGUUGGCAAAACGAAUGGCAAGUCUGAAGAUAGACCUCUACCGAGCUCCGCUGCUUUGGAUCCUACUAGUGCUGUGGAAACAGAGAAAGCUACUGUGGAAGUUGAAUAUAUUGAAUCCGAGAACUUGGACAAUGUUGACGAUGCUGAUGCUCUUCUCAAGACGGUUGUAGCUGGUCUUGACUCCAAGGAUUGGGUAUCAGUCUGCGAGGCUCUUAAUAAUGUUCGUCGGCUUUCAAUAUUCCACAAAGAAGCAAUGCUGCAUCUGCUCGAUAAAGUGAUCCCACUCGUCGUGAAAUCACUGAAAAAUCCAAGAAGUGCGGUGUGUAAAACCGCAUGCAUGACAUCUGCAGACAUCUUCACCGCGUAUAACAACGAUAUAACAGAUCUGUUGGAUUCUCUGCUUACUCAACUCCUCCUCAAGUCUUCCCAAGAUAAAAGGUUUGUCUGCGAGGCAGCAGAGAAAGCUUUAACAUCAAUGACCAAGUAUGUCUCCCCAACUUUGCUGUUACCAAAGUUGCAACCUUGUCUCAAGAACAGGAAUCCUCGGAUCCGUGCAAAAGCUUCAUCAUGCUUUUCAAGAAGUGUUCCCCGACUGGGUGUUGAAGGUAUUAAAGAAUAUGGAAUCGACAAAUUGGUUCAAGCAGCUGCGUCUCAGCUUACCGAUCAGCUCCCCGAAUCCCGCGAGGCUGCGCGGACCGUCCUACUAGAACUUCAGACUGUUUAUGAAAAAGCUCAUCCUAUCAUCAUCAAACAUGAGACAUCAUCAUCAUCGCCAGAGGAAGAGCAAGCCCCAGAGGCAGAGCCAAUUACUUGGGAGAUCUUCUGCCAAUCAAAGCUGACGGCACUUAGCGCACAAGCGGUGCUUCGUGUCACCAAUGUUGUAGCAGUGACUGCUCGGGAGGGUUUGGUCACUGCAGGUUCAUCGUCUUCAUCCCAGUUAUAAGCCUUCUCUCUACUAUUCUUUUUAAACCGUUUGCUACGAUCGAUCAUACAGUUGCAUGGUAUUCUCCGGCCAUGAUCUACCGAAUUGGAAAAUUAUGGACCGGUAUAGAGAGUGAAAACCGGUUAUUAAAAAUCUUUGGUUAUUUUUUUUCCUUUUGUGAGUGAGAUUCGUCUCUCAAUCAGAGUCUUCAUCAGUGACUUUCUUUUUUUCCCUUAUGUGUAUAUAUCUAUACCAAGAUUUGGUAAGAUGGUUUGAAUCGUUUGGUUUAAUCCAAGUUGGUCGGAUUCUUUGACAA